UCGCUGGUCCAGUUAUUUUAACACAAGCUGUUCACAUCCCCUUCUCUCAUGUUCCACCCCAGUGCCAAGCUGAGCAUGCACAGUUUGCCGGUAUAAUGUUGUGUGCUGCCAGUUGCUGGUAGUUUUUCCCCCCUACCUGUAACUUGACACUAGUGAAAUGCACUGUGUUUAUACUUGAGCCCUACACUGGAGAUUGGUUUGGUCCUGGAAAUGUGCAUAUUGACAUCUUCCUCAGCCUGUUUACCCCCAGUGACUGGGAAUAACACUUGACGCCAAUGUUUUUAUAUGGAUUGUUAAUAGGUUUCCCAUUUAAUGAUACCCAGGGUGGCCACCUCCCCGUUUCUAAUUUACUUUCCUGUGCACAUGUGUCUUUGUAAACUGAUGUAAUGCUCUGCUGGUGCUCUUUUCCCCCCUCAUGGUUAAGUUUUUGUCAUUUAGCAAAAUUCACUCAAGCAGCAGUGUACAAGGCAUGGUGUACAUGUACCACAAGCUGCACUGUUAGGCUGUUUGUUAAUUGCAUGAGAAAGAAAUAUGACGUUUGCUUUUACAUACCCCAGAUAUACUGUACAGGAUGAUGUGGUGGAGGGAACAAGCUGUGUUGAUGUUGUUUUUCUUACAUGUAUUAGUAGUUUUUGUCUGUAAAGUUGGUGCUACAUGUACAUGUAUACAUGUAUGUGAUAAGUCCUGAGGGUGUCUGAUGAACAACAUGUAAUGUGGUGUAAAUAUUGUUGUUUCCUUGUAUAUGUCUUGUUGUUGUUUGUACUAAUGCACCCGUAAAAGUUUAAGUACUGCAUGUACAUCUGGCUUAAAUUUAACUUCAAGUUGCUGCAUUAAAAUACAUGUAUGUGUACAGUUAAGAUUGCUUUAUUCCCCACACUCAUGCAAAGACAUAAUGCUCAAAAAUCAAAUAUUUUCAGAUUUGACACAUUUGCUGGUAAACAUGUGCUGUGUGUAAGAACAUGGAGUACCUCUUUACAGUGUGAAAUUACGAAAAAAAAACUUAUAAAUGUAAAGUGUAUGAAAGCUAGGUUGUCAGAGAAGGUCUUUAUUUCUGUUCAUUAGAAUGAAUGUAAGAAUGUUCCACUGCACUUUAAAAUUGCUUUUCCUUUGUCCAGCUCUGAUAAUGUUCCAAGAAGUACCAUUUCAGUACAUGGAUGCGUACCCAACCAAGUUUUUGUUCUUUUGAUCCGUGUUACUGUAAGGCCCUUGAUAGUUCAAUUGACUAAAGCCCACUCUCGCUACAACCGAUUGGCCAUAGACCAAUAACGUGAAUAAGUUUAUAGACCCAAACCCAGAUCCCUCUGGUAUAACUGCGGCUUUGAAGUCAUCGGGUACUUGCCAAAGCACAGUGAUUUUCUCUGUGAUCUGCUGUGUUUCCUUCAGCCACAAACAUGAUUUCAAACUUAAAGUCAAGUAUUCUUUGACUACUACUACUACCUCAGUCUAAUAACAGUUAUGUGUCAAAUUCAGUUCAUGAAACCUUGUCCGUGUAAUGAAGUACUGGUAUAUUUAACCUAGUUGAUCCAUGUUUGUUUUAUCCAUUAAGUCCUGUUCUGUUGACAAUAAAUGUAUGUAAAUUUUGCCCCCUUUUUUCCUGAGUUGUCAUUUGAAUAAAAAUUCUAAAACAAUAUAAUUGAACUAUAAUUGAAUGUAUUUGUAAUGCAUAUUUAUUUUUCUGAUUGUCAGGUGUGAAUCCAUGCAGUAAGAGUAAUGGCAACUGCUCCCACCUGUGCCUGAUGUCCCCAAGGCCGCCAUACUAUGCUUGUGCAUGUCCAACAGGGGUUCCUCUGCUAUCAGACAAGCGUACCUGUGCAAGUGGUCCAGAGAAAAUUCUCCUGCUGGCAAGGAGGACAGAUCUUAGACGGAUUUCUUUGGACACUCCAGACUACACAGAUGUGGUGCUACAGUUGGAGAACAUCAACCAUGCCAUAGCUAUUGACUAUGAUCCUGUGGAUGGCUAUGUUUACUGGACUGAUGACGAAUUCCGAGCGAUACAGCGAGCUUACCUGGAUGGGUCAGGACAGGAAAUAAUUGUGAGCACGGAGGUGGAUCACCCUGAUGGCAUUGCUGUUGACUGGGUAGCCCGCAAUCUGUAUUGGACGGACACAGGCACUGACCGUAUUGAAGUGGCUAGGCUUAAUGGCACAUCCAGGAAGGUGCUGAUUUCUGAGGCGUUAGAUGAACCGAGAGCCAUAACUGUGGACCCUGUGGAAGGGUACAUGUACUGGACAGACUGGGGUAAGAAUCCAAUGAUUGAGCGUGCAAACCUGGAUGGGACAGAUCGUGUUACCCUGGUCAAUGUCACCAAUGGCUGGCCCAAUGGAAUUGCUAUUGACCAUGUGGAGAGGAAACUUUACUGGGGAGAUGCCAAGAAUGAUAAGAUAGAAAUGGCUAAUUUAGACGGAUCUGGAAGAGUUGUCCUGGUUUCUGAAGAAUUGCCUCACAUAUUUGGAUUCAGUUUGCUUGAUGAUUAUAUAUACUGGACAGACUGGCAGAGGAGGUCUAUAGAGAGAGUGCACAAACAGACGGGAGGGCAAAGGGAGGUGAUUGUGGAUCAGCUGCCGGAUCUCAUGGGAUUGACAGCUGUCAAUGUGAAUAAAGUCACCGGUUCAAACCCAUGUGGAAAUAACAACAAUGGCUGUAGUCAUCUCUGUUUAAACCGACCCAAACCUAAAGGUGCGAUUUGUGCCUGUCCCAUGGGACUGGAACUGAUAGCCAAUCAGAAGACUUGUAUUGUCCCGGAAGGUUUCAUCUUGUUCACAAGGCGUGCAGAUAUUCGCAGAAUUUCCUUGGAAACCAAUCACAAUGAUGUUCCUAUUCCAAUAUCUGGCGUGGAAGAAGCACUGGCUUUAGACUUUGAUAUUAAUGACAACAGGAUUUACUGGACUGACGGUCGUCUUAAGAAUAUAAAUCGGGCGUUCAUGAAUGGCAGUGCUCUUGAGCACAUUGUUGAAUUUGGAGUGGAAUACCCGGAAGGAAUGGCAGUGGACUGGGUAGCACACAACAUAUACUGGGCAGAUAUGGGCACUAACAGGAUUGAGGUCUGCAGACUGGAUGGAUCAGCACGCAAAGUCCUCAUAUGGAAGGAUUUAGACAACCCUAGGGCAUUGGCUCUGGAUCCUCCCAAUGGUCACAUGUACUGGACAGACUGGGGCAAACAGCCUAAGUUAGAGAGGGCAGCUUUGGAUGGCACACAGAGACAGGUGCUUGUGGAUAACCUGGGACGUGUCCAAGGACUCACCAUUGACUACUUAGACAGGAGACUCUAUUGGGCAGAUUUUGAUGCUAAAGUCAUUGAAAGUGCAGAUAUGAAAGGAAUGAACAGAAGGAAGGUGAUUCAUGAUCAUAUUCCCUAUCCCUAUGGGCUGACACAGUACGAGGACUUUAUUUUCUGGACAGACUGGAAAACUAACUGCAUUGAACGUGCUAAUAAAACAUCUGGUAGCAACAGAACUGUGAUACAAGAGAAGGUUGAUCUUAUAAUGGAUAUCCUAGUCUUCCAUGCAUCCAGGCAGUCAGGGUGGAACACAUGUGGGCUAAACAAUGGUGGCUGUUCUCAUCUUUGCCUGGCUCAGCCAAGUGAGAGUCUGGGUGUGAACAGCACUCGUCACAAGUGUGCAUGCCCUACCCACUACAGUCUAAACCCUGACAACAAAACCUGUGCUGCACCAGCUACUUUCUUGCUGUUCAGUCAAAAGAAUGCUAUCAGCCGAAUGGUACUGCAUGCGCAGGACAAUCUGGAUGUUAUAUUACCUAUACAAGGCUUGAGGAAUAUUAAAGCAAUCAGCUAUGACCCAGUGAAGGAGUUUGUGUACUGGAUAGAUGGAAAGAGCAAGACCAUUGUGAGAGCCCAUGAUGAUGGUAGUCAGUUGUCAGUGGUUGUGUCUAACCCACUAAAGCGUCACCAGCCAUAUGACAUCGCCAUUGAUCCCUUUUCCCGCUACAUCUACUGGACAUGUGCCGAGAACAAUGUGAUCAAUGUGACGCAUCUGAACACAACAGCUGUGGGUGUGGUUGUGGAGGGAGAAGAUGAGAAACCACGCUCAAUAGUGCUUCAUCCUGAGAAAGGGCAUAUGUACUGGAUUAAUAUGGUGAACCCUCCUCGCAUAGAAAAAGCAGCUGUGGAUGGAACAGAUAGGGUUCAGCUCUUUAGCACAGAUCUGCGGCAGCCUGUAGCACUGGCUAUCGACACACAAAAUGGCCGGCUGUACUGGAGCGACGCUGACCUGAAGCGCAUCGAGUCGUCAGAUUUGCUUGGUGGAAACCGCGAAGUGUUGGUGGAUGGCAAUAUUGUGAACCCUAAUGGCCUAGCUGUCUUUGGUCAGUUUGUUUACUGGACAGAUAAGGAUCAAGAUCUCAUUGAAAGGAUCGACAAGGUGAACGGCAAACAGAGAGAGUGGAUCCAAGGGCGGAUAAAUCAGCUGACAGACCUUCAUGCAGUGCAGGUGAUCAGCGCUGAGGAAAGGGUCAAACAUCCAUGUGCACAGAACAAUGGAGGCUGCUCUCAUAUCUGUGUGGCUCAGGGCAGCAAGGAGCGCCGCUGCUCGUGUCCUGUUGGGCUGGUGCUGAAACCUAAUGAGGUGACAUGUGCAGAACCACCCCCAUGCUCUCCAGAGCAGUUCUCCUGCCGAAGUGGUACCAUUACCUGCCUGCCAAUCUCAUGGCGCUGUGACGGCUUUCCGGAGUGUGAGGAUGAAUCCGAUGAAGAUGACUGCCCAGCCUGCUCUGAAGCAGAAUUCAAGUGUUCUAGUGGCAGUUGUGUGCCUGCUGAGAAGGUUUGUGAUGGCCACAAAGACUGUUCUGAUGACACAGACGAGUCCAACUGCUGUCAGGAUGAGGACUUCAGGUGUGUGGACAAUCACAAGUGUGUGGCCGCCACGCGCAGGUGUGAUGGGAAGAAUGAUUGUGAGGACGGAGAACCGGGCUCAGAUGAGGCUGAUUGUGACAUGUCUAACGCCAGCAAACAGGGAGCCACCCAGCCUCCUCCGUACUCUGUGGCCAUCAUCAUCGCAGUGGUCUUUAUCGUGGUUCUGUUUGUGAUAAUCUAUGUGUGUAGGCGAAGGAAUCAGGGGAUACCUGAUGACGUGGACACAAUGAUGGUGAAGCCCUUGAACCCUAUGAUGGAGGAUAUAACUCCGCAGCAUACACUGACCUCCUCAAGGGGCAAAUCCUACACCACCGCCCUGUCCGUCAGUACAGGCAGUGGCCAUCAAACUUACGAUCGUAAUCAUUUAACUGGGGCAUCCUCAAGCAGCUCCACAGUGACUCAUUACCCUAAAGAGACACUUAAUCCCCCACCUAGUCCUGUGACUGACAGGUCCCAGUAUACAGGGGAUAUAUAUUACUCCUCCAACAGUCCAUCCACAGUGCGCUCCUAUAGACCUUACAGACUGCGUGACAUUCCACCCCCUCCCACCACACCGUGCAGCACGGAUGUGUGCGAGGAGAGUGAGCCCUACCCCUCCCAAAAAUAUAACUCUGUGGUGGAGUUGAACUAUGACUCUGAUCCUUACCCUCCCCCUCCCACACCCAGAAGUCAUUAUUUAUCAGAUGAGCAGAGUUGCCCACCGUCCCCCUCCACUGAGAGGAGCUUUUUCAAUCCCUACCCACCACCUCCUUCACCGGUGGGGAUGUCAGACUGCUAGCAUGGUUAUUAUAAACGGGUUUAUUUGUACAGUGUAUAUACAGCUAUAUAACAAAUCAAAACUGCCAUUGAAUUGUGUGGCUGGCUUCACAUAUCCAGCUGUCGUGUAGAUAUUAUCCCAGCAUAGGAUUUCCUAAAUCAGUGGGCAUUGACAAUCGGAGAAUGUAUCAUGUAUUACUGACUACAGCAAUUACCUCAUUUAUAUAUCAAUUCAAUCUUUUUAUUGCACAAGUGGAUAUUGUGUAUAGUUGUUCAUAUUGACACACUGUCUUUGUACGUUGUACAUGUAUGUGAUUGUUUUGUUUUCGCUUUUCAUUAUUUCAUUGUUAUUGUGUCACGGGCGCAUGUUCAAAAUGUGACUGAAAGAGUUGUUACCCGUCAGCUACAAGAGUGCUACAUCAAGUUUUAAUUUGCUGAAGUGCAGCUUCUUUCACUGUUCUAUCUUCUUUUCUCUUAACUUCAGGGUAAAUUUUAUAUCACUUUUAAACUUGAUAUGGUUGUGUUAACAAAAGUUGUAUACCUAGCUAUUUCUUCAAGUGCUUGUCAUUAAUGCAGUACAUGCUUUCAGCACAAAACUAACAUCAUUUGUACAUUUGUAUCUACAUUCUACACAUUCUGAUGUGAAAAAAGCUGCUGGACAGAUUUAUACUUUUCUAUAUGCACGUGUUUGUAUUGUCAGAGUAAGACCUGCUGUCACCAAAAUUAUGUUUAAACUUAAACAGAAGAGAUUCAUAAAUGUCAGGUGCUUCAGAGGCACUUUUUUGGGGGGUUCUUUUUAGAGACAGAAGUUAAAUAUAUAUGAUACAUGUGAUGCAUUAUAUUAUUUCACCUUUUAGCUGAAAUUAAAUUUUACAA